UUAAGUAAACUAAAACUACUAACUAGGGAAUAGGGCUAAUUAGUAUAAUUGGGUGAUUUUCAGUAGCUUUUUUUUCUCAGUUUGACCGCAGCAACCCUCCCUCCACUCACAGUUAUGAUUCUCUUCUCCUAAUAAAAAGUGGAGGAUUUGAGAUGCGCCAGUCGCCUCUCACCAUCUAAUUUUCAUUAAAUCUUGCUCUCCGCUUUUCUCUCUCCUCCACUUGUGAGAUUGUUGACACAGCCCACAAUCUGCCAAACAGCACGGAACUAGCCCGUCUAUGGAAUGGAGCCGUUUUCUGUCUCUGUAGACUGCUGAUUUUUAACUGCCCACAGGAAUAAUUUCUGAUCAUUGCGACUUUAGGUUUCGUCUUUUCAGGUUUACUGGAAGUGGGCUUCAAUUUUUCACUUCUGUUAAAGCCUCUUUUUUGGGAGAAAAGUAUCUGCGAUGAGUUCUGUGAUUGACUACUAUUCUCUAAUUGUGCCAUCACUCUCCGUCUCUUUCCUAGCUUCCUUUUGGAAUUCUUUUUUCACUCCUCCGUCAAUUGAUGCUUGAUAAAGUCCUUUCCAGUUUUGCUUUUGAGCUUUUGAGUUUGUGGGCUUAUUAAUUUUGGUGCUUUCAUCGACAGCCAUGCUCUAGUUUGGGUAUAGAUUACAAUUGUAUGCUAGCUGACUUGCUACAACAAAGGCGCUGGAGUAUUUGGGGUUCUGGUUCUCACAGAGUCGGAGAUAAAAUGCUUGGGGUGAUAUCAUGGGCAUUAUAGCUAGAGUGGCCGUUAUGCAGUGGUUUUGUUGUAUCUAAGUCCUAAAAGAGUAGCUUAUUGUUUCAGUGAUGGCCUCGAAGACUGGCUCUCGGGCUCCCUUGGGAUUGCAACAAAAAGCUGUCGGCGCUCAUUAUGCGGUCAAGGCACAUGAUCUCAAAUCUUUACCUUGCCAGGUCCUAAAAACUAACAAGCCGAAGCUGAUCAAACCGGAGAAAUCUGAAGAAUCUGGUACGGUGACUGCUGGGGAACCUAGAGAAGAUGUUGAGUCCAAACUUUCUCGAAUUAAUCUUGAGGAUUCGUUGAAUGUAUCACCUGGUAACUCAGAUUCCAAAAUUUCUUCUACCAGAUCUGAGCAAGUGUCCACAACUGGAGAUGUUGGUGUACGUGAGAAUGAAAUCUCACUAGAAACUUCUGAGGAUCAAGAAAAGAAAAUAUCCAAUCCAAGCAGUGCAAAGAACAGCUCUGUUUCUGCAAAGAUUAGUGAUGGACCCAAUGGUCUUGCAAAAACUAGUGGAAGUGCCAAAGUAAGCGAUAGAGUAGACAUUGAGAGUGGAAAGAGCAGCGUGUGCCGAGGAAGCACCGGCAGUGAUGUGAGUGAUGAGAGCACCUGUAGCAGCUUUAGUAGCGGUAUCAACAAACCCCAUAAAGCAAAUGAUAUGCGAUGGGAAGCCAUCCAAGCACUCCGAUCCAGAGACGGUGUCUUAGGAUUGAGCCAUUUCAGGCUGCUGAAAAGAUUAGGCUGUGGAGAUAUUGGGAGUGUUUAUCUGGCUGAGUUGACUGGAACUAAAUGUUACUUUGCAAUGAAAGUUAUGGACAAGGCAUCUUUAGCAGGUCGUAAGAAGCUUCUCCGUGCUCAGACUGAAAGAGAGAUUCUCCAGUCCCUGGACCAUCCCUUCCUUCCGACUCUGUACAUCCAUUUUGAAACUGAUAAAUUUUCAUGUUUGGUUAUGGAAUUCUGCCCUGGAGGAGACCUACACACUCUUAGACAGAGACAGCCAGGGAAAUAUUUCUCCGAACAAGCAGUAAAGUUUUAUGUUGCAGAAGUGCUGCUUUCCUUGGAGUAUUUACACAUGCUUGGGAUUGUUUACCGCGAUCUUAAGCCAGAAAACGUCCUGGUUAGGGACGACGGACAUAUAAUGCUCUCAGACUUUGAUCUUUCACUCCGUUGUGCUGUUAGCCCGACUCUGGUGAAGACCUCAUCUCUCGAUACUGAUGCCCAGCGUAAAAACCCAGGCUAUUGCGCCCAGCCAGCAUGCAUCGAACCAGCAUCGUGCAUUCAGCCAUCGUGUGUUGUCCCAACAUCAUGCUUUUCUCCUCGUCUCUUCUCCAGCAAAUCCAAGAAGGAUAAGAAACCCAAAAACAAAAAUGAAAUCGGCAACCAAGUUAGCCCGUUGCCCGAGCUGAUGGCUGAGCCAAGCAACGCUCGUUCAAUGUCUUUUGUUGGGACACACGAGUAUCUGGCACCGGAGAUCAUCAAAGGGGAAGGGCACGGGAGCGCGGUGGAUUGGUGGACGUUUGGGAUCUUUCUAUACGAGCUCUUAUUUGGUAAAACUCCGUUUAAGGGAUCUGGUAACAGAGCCACAUUGUUCAACGUAGUAGGGCAGCCUCUCCGCUUCCCGGAAUCCCCCGUUGUCAGCUUCGCCGCUAGGGACUUGAUAAGAGGUUUACUUGUGAAAGAGCCUCAGCAUAGAUUGGCCUAUAAACGAGGCGCCACCGAGAUAAAACAGCACCCUUUCUUUGAAGGGGUGAACUGGGCGCUCAUACGCUGCGCCACCCCACCGGAAAUCCCAAAGCCUGUCGACUAUGAGCGGCUGCCCGUCCCGGCAGCCCCGGCCAAUGAAAAGACUGCUGCUCCUGCUGUGGAUCAGAAAAGCGACAAAUAUCUUGAGUUCGAUUUCUUCUAGUUAAUCUCAAUCUUCACUUACAAUAGUGGAGAAGAAAUAUCAAGAAUUGGGAGUUGUUGGAGGGUCAAUUGUGUGAAAAUUGAAGUGGGGAAGGAUGUGUGGUGGUGAAUCGUUUGAGGUUGGAUAGCUACAGAAUUGAAGUAUAUGUAUAAUUUGUUGUAGGGAAACAAGGUUGUCGGAUUCAAGCCAAUGUAGGACCAAAUUAUAAAUGGCCUUCCUCAUCUCUUCACAACUUUAUCCCUUUGUAUGAUCUUUCUUCAACCAUUUUACUGCACAUUGUUAGCUGUGA